ACCCACAAGCCCUCCCCUUUUUUAGUCCACAAUGGACAUCCAGACGUGAUUGGCUGACACAGGCUCGUCCAUGCAGGGUGGGCGUGGUUACUUUGAUCUGCCUUUAAUCCGCCAGGAAUUGGGUUUUCUAGCGGAGCUGCAGAGGGCGAGAAGUGACCGAUUUAACUCCACCGAACCCCGAACUGUUGUCUGAAAAAUGGACCGACGGGAGCCAGAAACGGCUGGAAGUUGUGAACCGGAACAAAGUAAAGUUUAGGGGGAGACGCCGCGUGAGCGCGCGGGGAGUUUACAUGGGAGCAACAGUGAACGGUUGAGGUUUCCGAGGCCGAUUCUUGCUUAUUUCAAAGCAGUUUCGUUUUUUCGUCGUGGGCAAUUUUUAUUUAUCUUUUUUAUAGAGUUAACCUCCCCAGAUGAUAAGGCCGCAGAGGCGAGACGUGCCGCUCUCAGAGAGGCUGGGAGGAGACCUUCCUCUUCCGUCCGCCGUCCCGAUGGGGCCCAACAUCUCCUGGCUCCCCGAGGCCCCCCUGCUGGGUCAGGACCAGCCCAUCUUCCUGAUGACCCCCGCCGCGCAGGCCGUGUCCGGCUUCUUUGUCUGGACUGCCCUCAUCCUCACCUGUCACCAGAUCUACAUGCACCUGCGGUUCUACAGCUCGCCGAGGGAACAGCGCCACAUCGUCCGGAUCCUCUUCAUCGUUCCGAUCUACGCCUUCGACUCGUGGCUCAGCCUCCUCUUCUUCACCAACGACCAGUACUACGUGUACUUUGGCACCAUCAGGGACUGCUAUGAAGCGUUUGUCAUUUACAACUUCCUGAGUCUUUGCUACGAGUACCUGGGAGGAGAGAGCGCCAUCAUGGCUGAGAUCCGUGGAAAACCCAUUGAGUCCAGCUGCGUGUUCGGGACCUGCUGCCUGAGAGGAACCGCCUACUCCAUCGGCUUCCUGCGGUUCUGUAAGCAGGCCACGCUGCAGUUCUGCGUGGUCAAGCCACUCAUGGCCAUGAUCACCGUCAUCCUGCAGGCCUACGGCAAAUACAAGGACGGGGAUUUCAACGUCGCCAGCGGUUACCUGUACGUGACCAUCAUCUACAACAUCUCCGUCAGCCUGUCCCUCUACGCCCUCUUCCUCUUCUACUUCGCCGCCCGCGGCCUGCUCAGCCCCUACAGACCCGUGCUCAAGUUCUUCAUGGUCAAGUCGGUCAUCUUCCUGUCCUUCUGGCAGGGCCUGUUGCUGGCCAUCCUGGAGAAGUGCGGCGCCAUCCCUCAGAUUAACUCGCCGGACGUGUCCGUCGGCGAGGGGACGGUCGCCGCCGGCUACCAGAACUUCAUCAUCUGCAUCGAGAUGUUUUUCGCGGCGCUGGCUCUGCGCCACGCCUUCACCUACACCGUCUACGUGGACAAGAGUCUGGACUCCAGAGGACCGGUUCCGUCUUACGGAGAGUUUGGCCGCUGCGCCCCGAUGAAGAGCAUCUCCAGCAGCCUAAAGGAGACCAUGAGCCCCGGCGACAUGGUCCAGGACGCCAUCCACAACUUCUCCCCGGCCUACCAGCAGUACACGCAGCAGUCCACGCUGGAGCAGGGGGCGCCGCCGCCCGUCUUCCGCAGCCACGGCGCGGUCGGCGCCCGGAGCGACACGGAGAAAACGCUCCUGCUCAGCUCAGACGACGAGUUCUAGACGGUCCGUCUGCGCCUCGUCGAUCAGGAUGGAGGACUUCAGACCUGCAUCCGCUCAAACUCCUGUCUGCCAAACGCAACGCCGCUCUGGAACUCUGAACGCUUGUGAGUCAGGAGCGUGAAUCAUGGGAGACAUUUGGGUCGGACGGAGGCUGAGUCAUUGUUUGUUCUCGGACCGGGUCUCCUGGUGACGGUUCUUCAUCCUGAACCAGACUAUUUCUGGCAAAGACAGACUCCGCCUUAUUUCAGAAAUCCUUUACCUCAACGUUGCUUUAGAAAGUUUGUGUCAUGAAGCGCAGAGAGCAAACGUGUUAUUGAUACUGGCGAGCGAGCAGCUUAUAGAUUAUUCCUUUUAUGUGCUGCAGAGCGCCGCGGGCGGGAUUAGGCUGCUGGAACUGGGGCGUGACUGAAUGGUGGGAUUAAAGCUCGUGUGGUUUCAGUCUGGAUGUAGGUUAAACGCAUUCAGACGGCCGAUCGCAUCUAUGGAGAUGGAGGAGGAAAUAUUUGGGAUUUUAUGACUCUGAACGUUAAAAAACCCAAAACAUUUGGUGUUUAUUCUGCUGAAAUGUGUGUAAACUGACGUCAUUUUAUUUUGAAAUGAUUUCCUGUGUUUGUCCCUGGAAAGCAGAGAUUAUUGUCCUGCUCUUAAUCCCAGUCCUCGAGUCUUCGGAGUCAAAUUCAUCUGCCUGCUAUUGCUCCGACCGUACACUAGGGGGCAAAUCCACCUCCUGUAGACCGAUUUUGAUCAGGAAUCAGAGCUCUUAUGCUCCUGGUUCUGACAGGUCCACCUGCAGUGAGACUUCAGUGUCAAAACAAACACAUAUUUUACUCUUUAUUCCAUAUUUUAAUGUGCUUUUUGUCUGACUUUUCUUAGAAAUAUUUAUUAGAAUUUGUAUCUUUUAUUUUUACAAAUAUUAAAUGAUGAAAAUUG